AUGGCAUCUAUUUCAACUGCUGGCGAGGCAGUGGCGAGAAUCGCCUACUUGGCUAGCGACCUCGUUUUGUCCGUGCAGCCGUCCCUCCAGACGGACUCGAUAUUCUCCAGGUCCCUCAAGACCCUGAAGGCAAACAACACUGCAAGCGCUCUGUCCAGAGGUACCCCGGUGGUGCAAGUCGUGCGCUACAAUGAGGACCCCCUCCUGUCUGCUUUCCAUCCUCUGCGAAAAGGCGAGUCCGUCUCAGUUGUUACGGGAUCCUCUAUCUUGAUCACCGCUGUUCCUCACCUGUAUCGCCUCGCCAACUUCCCGGUUGUCAUCCAUGUUGCCCUCGAGUCCUCCCCAUUCCCCGACUACUCCGUGAUCAGCUCGAUCCGGCAGUGCGGCUUCACAUUCCUGCACUCGGAGACUGUCCAGGAGGCCCAAGAUAUUGCCCUGACCGCUCACGCGCUGGCUCUCAAGUCUGGAAAGGGUGUUAUUCACUUCUUCGACCCCGCGAACUCCUCCAAGGAUUCCGCGAUCACCGCCGAUGACACCGAGCUUGUGAAGAAGAUCCUGAACCUGGGCGGACAUGUUGCUACCCACACCUCGACUGGUGCUGAGACUUUGUAUGCCGAUUCUGGCCGUGCUGCCACAGUCUCCGCCGAGGGAAUGGAGAUUGCUCCUGCUGGUCAGGGUUUGGCUUCGGCUGGUUUGACUGUCCCUUCUCAGACUCAGACCCCCUCGGCAGUUAGCGUUGAUAACUCCUCUGUUGGCUCUUCGCGCCGUGACAGCAGUGCUGGAAGCGAAGCUCCCAGCUCUACCGCCACCACUGUGGAUAACGCCAGUGCUCGACCGGUCAAUGCGGCCGAUAUCUUUGAGUGGACCUCUCAGAUCUGGAAUGCCCUAUCGAAGGAGGUGGGCCGUACCUACAAUGCCAUCGAGUAUACCGGCCCGGUGGAUGCUAAGGCUGCUGUCUUCGUAUUUGGCUCUACUGGUGUCUUCGUUGAUGCUCUGUCUCACGCCGAGGCCAACAGUGAGCUUGAGAACGUUGGUCUUAUCACUGCCCGCCUGUACCGUCCUUGGGUCGGUGGCCAGAUUGUGAACUCUAUUCCUCACUCUGUCGAGAAGAUUGCCGUUUUGGAGCAGGUUCGCAAGACCACCAAGUGGGGUCCGUCCUUCAUGGAUCUUCUUUCUAGUGUGACCCCCUCCUCCAUCCGGGGUCAGUCUUUGAAGGUGGUUGGAUACCGUCUUGGAUAUGUGGAGCCCUCCACCGCUGUGCAGGCUCUCCGCGGCAUUCUCCAGAACCUCCAGGCUUCAUCUCCCAUCCAGAACCUGGAUAUUGGCAGCUCUCAGGCUCCCACUGUUAUUGAUACCCUUGAGCAGCCUCACAUCGAGAACGCAUAUCUCAAGAUCCUGAACCAGCUCUUCGGCGAGCGCCUUUACAUUGCCAAUCAACUAGGUGCCAAGAAUGCCGGCAUCUCUUCGACCAUCGCUGCUAGCCCUGAAUAUGGCUUCGGCUCUCUGCUUGCGCGUAAGGAGCACCGUCAGCGCUUCAUUCGAGAGGUUGAGGAGGCCUCCAAGUCUACCACCUUUGCCACAGAUGUUCCUAAGACUUGGCUGUCUCGGUGGGCUUUGAGCGUGAAGGAAGCUGCCAAGGCGAACAAGCUUGCCCCUGAUGUUAUUGCCCGUCUUUCCAACGAUGGUUCCAAGCUGUCUCGCCAGCUCUUGCAGUCGAAGAAGCUCUUCUACGACGAGUCCCAGUGGCUGAUUGGCUCCGAUGCCUGGGCCUAUGAUCUUGGAAACUCGGGUGUGCAUCACGUCCUCGCCUCGGGUGCGAAUGUCAACAUGUUGAUCAUUGAUUCGCAACCCUACUCCGAGCGCACUGCCGCCGACCCCACUCGCCGUAAGAAGGACAUUGGUCUCUACGCCAUGAACUUUGGCAACGCCUACGUCGCGUCCACUGCUGUGUAUAGCUCUUAUACCCAGGUCCUCCAGGCCAUGGCUGAGGCCGAGCAGUUCAAUGGCCCCUCGGUCGUUGUUGCUUACCUUCCUUACCACAAGGAGAACGACUCCGCUCUCACUGUUCUCCAGGAGACCAAGAAGGCUGUUGAUCUCGGUUAUUGGCCUCUGUACCGCUGGAACCCCGCGAACGAGGAGAAGGGCGAGCCUAAAUUUGCUCUUGACUCCGAACGUAUCAAGCGAGAGCUGGAGGAGUUCCUCCGUCGGGACAACCAGCUCACCCAGCUUAUGAACCGCCAACCGAAGUUCUCGUCUGUUCUCUCUGACUCCUACGGUACUGAGGUCCGUGCCCUGCAGAAGCGCAAGGCUAAGGACUCUUAUGAGAAGCUUUUGGAUGGCCUCUUCGGAGCUCCUCUGACUAUUCUCUUUGCCUCUGACGGUGGCAACGCCCAGAACAUUGCCAAGCGCCUGGGUAACCGCGGUCGUGCCAGAGGCCUGAAGACCAUGGUCAUCGCCAUGGACGAGUAUCCCAUCGAGGAUCUGCCCACUGAAGAGAACGUUGUAUUCAUCUCCUCUACCGCUGGCCAGGGUGAGUUCCCGGUGAAUGGCCGUAGCCUCUGGGAGCAUGUUAAGAACUCCGGAGAUCUUGACCUUUCCUCCAUCAAUUACUCCGUCUUUGGUCUUGGUGACAGCCACUACUGGCCUCGCAAGGAGGACAAAGCCUACUACAACAAGCCUGCUAAGGAUCUUGAUGCUCGCGUUACCUUCCUGGGCGGUCACAAGCUCACCGAUCUUGGCCUUGGUGACGAUCAGGAUCCUGAUGCUUACCAGACCGGCUACUCCGAGUGGGAGCCGCGUCUGUGGAAGGCCUUGGGUGUGGAUAACGUCGAGGGUCUCCCUGAAGAGCCUGCCCCCAUCACUAACGAGGACAUCAAGAUCCAGUCCAACUUCCUGCGUGGUACUAUUGCUGAGGGUCUUCUGGACGAGUCGACUGGCGCUAUCUCUGCCAGUGAUCAGCAGUUGACUAAGUUCCACGGCACGUACAUGCAAGACGACCGUGAUCUCCGUGAUGAGCGCAAGGCCCAAGGUCUCGAACCCGCCUACAGCUUCAUGAUUCGUUGCCGCCUUCCUGGCGGUGUUGCCACUCCGACUCAGUGGCUACAGAUGGAUGCUAUCAGUAGCACCCACGGUAAUGAGACUAUGAAGCUCACUACACGCCAGACAUUCCAGUUCCACGGUGUCAUCAAGCGCAAGCUUCGUGGCGCCAUGCAGGCCAUCAACAGGUCUCUGAUGGAUACGCUUGCUGCCUGCGGUGACGUUAACCGUAACGUCAUGUGCAGUUCCCUCCCGGAGCUCUCCACUUUCCACCGCGAGACCUACGCUUAUUCCAAGAAGAUUAGUGAACACCUCCUUCCUUCCACCACCGCUUACCACGAGAUCUGGUUGAAGGAUGAGAACGACAAGAAGAUUCAGGUCGCCGGUGAUGCUGUUGUUGACCACGAGCCACUCUAUGGUCCUACCUACUUGCCCCGCAAGUUCAAGAUUACUAUUGCCAUUCCUCCCCACAACGACACUGAUGUUUAUGCCCAUGAUAUCGGUCUGAUUGCCAUCAAGGGUGCCGAUGGCCACCUUGAAGGUUUCAACGUCCUGGCUGGCGGUGGCAUGGGCACCACUCACAACAAUAAGAAGACCUACCCUCAGACCGGCCGCAUGUUUGGCUUCUUCCCCGCGGAGACCGUCCAUAUUGCUUGCGAGAAGAUUAUGCUUGUCCAGCGUGAUUUCGGUGACCGCAAGAACCGCAAGCACGCUCGUAUGAAGUACACCAUUGACGACAUGGGUGUCGACGUCUUCCGCAGCAAGGUCGAGGACCUUCUGCCGGAUGGCCUGCGCUUUGCUGAGCCCCGCUCCUUCAAGUUCGACUCGAACGUCGAUACCUUCGGCUGGCUCAAGGAUGAGAAGGGCCUGAACCAUUUCACCUUCUUCAUUGAGAACGGCCGUAUCGAGGAUACUGCUGACUUCGCCAUGCGCACUGGUCUGCGUGAGAUUGCUUCUCUCAACAAGGGCGAGUUCCGUCUCACUGGUAACCAGCACCUGAUUCUGUCCAAUAUCGCCGAUGAGGAUCUGCCUCUCGUCAAGGAGACCAUGGCCAAGUACAAGCUUGACAACACUUCUUUCUCCGGACUGCGUCUGUCCUCUUCGGCGUGCGUUGCUUUCCCGACUUGCGGUCUUGCCAUGGCUGAGUCUGAGCGCUACCUGCCCGUCCUCAUCUCCAAACUGGAGUCCACUCUCGAGGAGAACGGUCUUGCCCGUGAUAGCAUUGUUAUGCGUAUGACUGGCUGUCCCAACGGCUGUGCUCGCCCAUGGCUUGCCGAGGUUGCUUUUGUUGGAAAGGCCUAUGGUGCUUACAACAUGUACCUGGGCGGUGGUUACCACGGCCAGCGUCUGAACAAGCUGUACCGCUCUUCUAUCAAGGAGGAUGAGAUCGUGGAGAUCAUGAAGGGCCUUCUCAAGCGGUACGCCCAGGAGCGUCACACUGAUGGCGAGACUCCCGAGCGCUUCGGUGAUUUCCUCAUUCGUGUUGGUGUCAUCAACGCCACCACUGAUGGACAAAACUUCCACGAGGGUGUUGCGGAAGCGGAUGAGGAAGAGGAGUAA